AUGCAAAAAUAAGCAGCUUAAUUCUCCGAUCAGGGUGAGGUACGUACAUGGAUUUGGAAAGUGUUGAGACAUCCAGUGAGUUGCUUCAUGCUCAAGCUCAUGUCUGGAACCAUAUAUUCAACUUCAUCAACUCCAUGUCACUGAAAUGUGCCAUUCAACUAGGCAUCCCAGACAUCAUCCACAACCAUGGCAAGCCCAUGACUCUUCCUGAGCUGGUUGCUAAGCUCCCAAUCCACCCAAAAAAGGUUUGGUGCGUUUACCGUCUCAUGCGCAUUCUUGUUCAAUCUGGCUUCUUUGCUAGGCAAAAAGUUGAAGAAAGUGAGCAAGAAGAGGGGUAUGUGCUUACACAUGCCUCUAGGCUCCUGCUAGAGGACGAUCCCUUGAGCGUAAGGCCCUUCUUGCUUGCCAUGCUUGACCCAAUUUUAACUAAACCGUGGCAUUAUGUGAGUGCUUGGUUUCAAAAUGAUGAUCCCACCCCCUUCGACACUGCUCAUGGGCGGACGUUUUGGGACUAUGGUGGCCAUGAACCCAAGAUCAACAAUUUCUUCAAUGAAGCCAUGGCUAGUGAUGCUCGCUUAGUCACUAGCGUGCUGAUUAAGGACUGCAAGGGCGUAUUUGAGGGAUUGAACUCAUUGGUUGAUGUAGGGGGUGGCACUGGAACAGUGGCUAAGGCCAUUGCUAACGCUUUCCCACACUUGAACUGCACUGUGUUUGAUCUCCCGCACGUGGUUGCUGGCUUGGAAGGGAGCAAGAACUUGAACUACCUUGGAGGCGACAUGUUUAAAGGAAUUCCUCCUGCAGAUGCAAUUUUACUCAAGUGGAUAUUACAUGACUGGAACGAUGAAGAAUGUGUCAAGAUACUACAGCAAUGCAGACAGGCGAUUCCAAGCAAGGAGAAGGGAGGCAAGGUGAUAAUAAUAGACAUGAUGAUGGAGAACCAGAAAGGAGAUGAUGAGUCCAUGGAAACACAGCUCUUUUUUGAUAUGCUGAUGAUGAUUUUAGUCACGGGUCAAGAGAGGAACGAAAAAGAAUGGGAGAAGCUGUUCUUGGAUGCUGGUUUCAGUGGCUAUAAGAUAACCCCCAUACUGGGUUUAAGGUCUCUUAUUGAAGUUUAUCCUUGAUCAAUAUCUAGUGGUACUAGUAUUUGCAAGUAUGUUUGCACUAAAUCUAAAUAAAGUGCUCUGGCAAGAAUGUUGGAGAUCAGGACCCUAUCAAGUUUGUGUUCGCAUGCAGGCAUAUUAAUAAUCUUUCUGGGAGUAUGAAGAAUCUCUGUUAAAUAACUUGAUAUUUAACUUGUCUGAUAAUGAAGUAGUGUUUGCUGUAA